UCUCUAAUGGAUAUUAAUACACGGUGAUAAUAGGAUUGGCAGGGUGAUGCCCUGAGGUUUAGUGAUGGUGAGCCACUCCAUUCACACACACUAUCAUUUCUACUGCUGGCCUUGAAGGAUGAGGGAUCCGCAACUACCAGGACUCAAAUCCAGACUAGCAUGGCCGAAACGCAAGGACAAGGAGGAUAAGAAAGCCAAGCCAAGUGAGACGAGUGUAACGCCAUUGGACAAAACACCGAAAGUCCUUUCAACCCAUCCUAUUAUACCAGAACUGACCCCAGAACAGAGGAUGAGGCAGACACCAUUUGAAAGGGUGCUUUAUGACAUGAACCAUGACCAGAGGGUAGUCAACGACCUCAUACUGGGCCGGAGGAUCUCCUUCUACGAGCUCAGGGGGGAAAUAGGGUGUGGGAACUUCUCCCACGUUAGAUUGGGUAUCCAUGCCCUGACUAAAGAGAGGGUCGCGAUCAAGAUUUUGGAUAAGCUUCGGCUGGACAAGAAGUCUCAGUCCCUGUUUGCCACAGAGAUCAGCUGUAUGGAGAAGCUGUCCCACCCUAACAUUGUUCGUCUCUAUGAGGUGAUUGAGACCACCAAGCGCCUGUACCUGGUGAUGGAGUAUGGUAGUGGAGGAGACCUCUACUCACGUAUCACCAACCGGGGGCGUCUGUCUGACCUGGAGACCAAGCUCAUCUUUGCCCAGAUCAUCUCUGCCAUCAAACACAUGCAUGACAACAACAUCGUCCACCGAGACCUGAAAGCAGAGAACAUAUUUUACACCACCAGCUACUGCAUCAAGGUGGGAGACCUUGGCUUCAGUAUCGUGAGUGCUCCAUCUGAAGUCCUCACCACGUUUUGUGGCUCCCCACCCUACGCCGCUCCAGAGCUCUUCAAAGACAAAGGCUACGUGGGUCGUUACGUGGACAUCUGGGCCUUGGGAAUCCUGCUUUACUUCAUGGUCACCGCCACCAUGCCUUUCCACGCCGACAACCUUGGUCGUUUGAAGCGCUGUAUCAUGCAGGGAGCCUACGCCUUCCCUGACUGUGUACCCAACCCCUGCCAACUGGUCAUAAAAGGCAUGCUGAGGUCCGUGCCCGCUGACCGUGACCCCAUCUCCCUGAUAAUGACCAGCACGUGGCUGAAGAGCAUUGAGUACCCUCGGGCGUACGCCCCCCUGCCCCAGACACCCUUUCAUCUGGCUGAAACCUCCCAGGUCCUGUGUGUGGAGGAGCAGGAGGUGAAGUCGGCCCUGUCUGAUCUGGGCAUCAAGGGAGUCCACCUGCAGAACAACACCUAUACAGACAAUCGCAGCCCCCUGACGGGGACGUACCGUAUCCUCCUCCACCGUGUCCAGAAGAGGAGGUCUGUGGAGGCAGUGGGAUACGCAGCCCUUUACCCUGAGGACUUUGGCAGUAAGAACGGCAGGACGACCACUGCUGUUAUGGACAAGCACAACCCUACCAGUGUCUGUGUUAUCCUAUAGACCAGGGAUUUUGCAACAGUUUUUGAACCAGGGACUGGAAAAUUAUGGAUCUUCUCUUUGGAUUAAAACAAACCAUUUUGGUGGGCCACUUAUAAUGAAAUUGAACACUUCAGAAGUGAAGUUCUCCCAUAACUAUGAACUAUCUGAGGGACCUGUCAGCAACUUCUCAGGAACCAGUGCUGCUCCAUGGACCUCCAUGGAGGUUGGGAAAUAAUGCUACAGAGUCUGGCCUCCUGUAUAGCCAGGCUCCACCAGAAGAGAAUCACAAGACAAACACACACCACAAACGCACACACACAUACACACACUACACUCACGGAUUUGUUGUCGCAUAUUCAUCGCAGUACAGAUGAUAGAUAGAUAAAUAGCACCAUCUUGUGCUCACAUUAAUCAUUACAUUUCAGUACUCCUAAGAAAUCUGUGACAGAAAGAUACAAUGGUGAAAAGGUUGAGAUUUCAGGGUUGUACUGUAAAGCACAUUAAUUAUAUUACAGCUUUAUGUACUAAAAGGCUACAGUAAUUGACUUCAGCUUGUUGCGAUGUUACAUCACUCAAUAGGUCUAUGUUUUGUACAAUUGGCUUACAGCGAGAGACGAAGGAUUAAUAAUACUAUCAGCAUCUUCCAAGCCUACUUAGUCCUGUGCUUCGUCAAAAUAUAACUGGGGUCGUGCUUGUGGAAGGACAUGGCUAAUUUGUCUUAGCUGUGAUAAAGGAAAAGUGCUUUGUUCAGAUAGCAAUUGUAAGGGAGUCAGGCAUGAAGCACUGGCCAAUGCUCUGAUAUUUGGAUUACAAUACUUAGGUUUAUCCUCAAAGACUUGUAUGCCUUCAACAUUAAUGUAAAUAUAACCAAUAUAAUCUUUAGGUAAAUUCACAAGCUCUAUUCACAAGUACAUUGAAAAAUUUGUAAAAUAUAGAUGUGCACAGUUCUUUAUUUAGGCUAUUCAGUGGUUUGGAAGUGCAAUGUUUUGUCUGAAGAUGAAUAUCUUUAUUAUGAUAUAAUGUAAUUAAAAUGCAGUAGCACAUUGCUUAUGCAGAUAUUUUUGUAUAGUCAUUUUAUAAAUGCUUUACUGAUAUACUUGAUGUGGAUUAAGUAUAUCAGUAAAGUAUUUAUAAAAUGUUAAUAAAUAUUAUUUGCCAUUGGAUGUGCCCAUUAAUGCUCAAGAGAAAUGUAAUUUGAAUAUAUGCCUGAGAUGAGUAAAAAAUAAUAAUAUUGCAUUGGUAUUGCUAUACCAUUUAAAUAAUUAAAAAUAAAUAAAACAUACACAUCAAGACAAAUUCAUAAAAAGAAAAUAUAAUAAUCAAUCACCUCUUGUGAGUUCAAGGGGCAUCCCUGGUGCUAGUAACAGUGGAAAGGUCUUUAGGGAAGACUGACAAGUUUAUAUUGUGAGUAUCCCCUAAGUGGAAAUCUGAGCAGCAUUUGAAUAUCAUCUGUGUACUUGAAGCACAUAUUUGUUCAUUUUUUACAGAAAAUAGAUACUAGAGAGUAUGUUGUUCUAUUAUCUGUCAAAGUCAAUAAAAGUAUAAAACUUCCAAAGCCUUUUUAGAGGUUUUGCAGGUUCUUAUGAGGUCACUCAUA